AUGUAUUUUGCACCCAUUAUCUGCCUUGCACUCGCAGCAGCUGCUCCAACAAAAAGAUCCAACACUUGUGAUUUCCCCUCCGACAAGGGCUUGGUUUCCAUCACUCCCAAGUCACUGAAUGCCGGCUGGGCCAUGAGUCCAGAUGCCAAAUGUACCGCCGGUAUGUACUGCCCUUACGCCUGUCCUCCUGGCCAAUUGAUGAACCAGUGGGACAAGUCAGCCACCUCUUACACUUACCCACAGUCUCAGAAUGGAGGGUUAUAUUGUAACGACGACGGGUCUGUUUCCGCUCCCUUUGAUAGAGACUACUGUGUUGAUGGCACUGGUACUGUCAAGGUUGAUAACAAGGCCUCCAAAAACGUGGCGUUCUGCCAGACUGUAUUACCAGGUGACGAGGCCAUGUUGAUUCCCACCAACGUCGACGGAGGUAACUCUCAGACAUUGGCUGUUCCUGACGAGAACUACUGGGCUUCUACUUCUGCCCAUUACUACAUCAACUCCUUAGGUAUUUCCACUGAUGAUGCCUGUACUUGGGGAUCCAGCAACAAGGCUAUUGGAAACUGGGCCCCGUACGUUGCAGGUGCCAAUAUGGACUCCAACGGUGACACUUUUGUCAAGAUUGGAUGGAAUCCUAAGUAUAUUGAAUCAUUCUCGGACUUGCCUUCAUUUGGAAUUCGUAUCACUUGCGAUGAUGGAGAUUGCGAUGGCUUGAAGUGCGAGAUUGAUCCAUCUUCCAAUGGUUUGAACGAAGUGAACAGCGACAAUGUUAGCAAGGGCGACGGGGCCAGCUACUGUGUUGUAACUGCCAAAAACAAAGCUACUGCCAAAAUUGAGGUUUUCUCUGUUUAG